AGUCACGGGAUAAUCACUUUGCAGCUAACAAAGUCUGGCAAUAUAGGUCUAAAAAAAUAAAUGCGCAUUAAGAGCAAGCUAGUUGGAGCUAUCGGAGCACGCAUGCACACGGGCUCACCAAAAAAUUUGAGAACUACUUAUAGAAAAAAAGCUGUGAAUUAUUACGUCUCAGGGAGGUGAAAAUUAAAGUAGGACAAGUUUUGUCACGCACCAUCAAAAGAUGUCAAACACAUCACUGAAUGCCAAUGGAUCCUCGCCAUUCUCCCCGUUUCAAGAUCCAUCGGAGAGCGUUUUCGAAACAGAAACAAAAAUCGACUUUUUUUCCUACUUCUUCAUCACCUUCGAGCUUUUGAAAUUUUUACUAUGCGUUAAUUGUUUCGCUAGCGACAUCUAUUUGAUAGUGAUAAUAUCCAAGUUCAAAAAACUAAGAACUAGAUUAAAUAACUUAUUUUUAAUUUAUGCUAUUUGUAACUUAUUGUAUCUUACUCUUGCCAAUGUAAUAAUGAUCAUCGUAGAAGUUAGUUCUCACUUACACGACGUGAAUCACUAUUGUGUCAUAAGUAAUUUGGAUCAUUUAAUGUUUACUUUAAGUUUUUAUACACUUACAUUUAUGGCUAUUGAUUGGUAUGUUUUAAAUUAUCAUCCAGACAUUUACACUAAAUAUCCAAGAACUUUCAAAUAUGGCAUCGGAGUGGCGUUCGUUGUUUUGGCUAUUCCAAAAUGGAUAGCAACUUCGUGUAUGUGUUACGAAGACCGUUUUAAGUUGUACGCUUUACGCUUAUACCUUGAAGACAUUUCUUUCGCAUUUGGAGGAAUUGUUUUAAUAACCAUUUCAAUUUUAAAGAGAAUACGAACUCCUGUUUCGGAUACUCAUAAAACAGAAUACGCAUUUUCGAUACCGAAAAUAAUAUUUUUAUUAUCGCUUCCAGUUUUUAUAAUGCGGCUUAUAAGCUUGUGCUUAGAAGGCUACUAUCCCCUUUUGAAAUAUUUAUAUCUUCUCGAAUAUAUCACAGAGUGUUUGUUUUUAACGCAAACUAUUGCUUUAUUGUACUUACUAGGGAAACGAAAUAAAUAUUUCAAAAUGGCCUACCUUAAAUGUUGCAAGAAAAACGUACAAGAGUACGGAGACGACGAUUUGGAUUCUGGUUCUAUUAAUGAAACUGGAGAGAAUCACGUUACGUAUGAUAAUAAUUCUCAAUUGAUUCGGUUUUGAAUUUGUGCAAUCGAUUCGAAUUAACUGAACCUGCAGAUCCCAUAUUAACUCUAUUGAAAAUAAAAACCAGGGGAGCUUUUUUGGGCUCGGAUGUCUAUUCGAUUACAGACAUUUUGGGAAAGACUGAGCCAUCAAUGAUUGUUAAAUAAUAUUGUAGAUACCUAGAUGUAGAAAAAAAUAUAAUUUUAUAUUAAGUUAUUAUAGGUGUUUUAUUUUUUA